AUGAGGCGAAGCGAACGUUUGAAGAACAAGUCAUGCAAAGACAAAAUAAUACGUUUUUAUCGUUCAAGACUAAAAUGGGGGGAAUUCAGUAAUUUUUAUGAAGCAGAAAUUUUAAUAGAUGGAGAGACUUGGCCAACAACUGAGCAUUAUUUUCAAGCUCAAAAAUUUCCAUCAAAUCCUGAAGUUCAACAACAAAUCAAAGAUUUCGCAAAACCUGGAUUAGCAGCCAAAUACGGACGUAAAGCCCAAGGCCUGCGCCCAGAUUGGGAACAAGUUAAAGAUGAUGUUAUGCGUACGGCUUUAAAAGCCAAAUUUACUCAACAUCAAACAUUAAAGAAAUUGUUAUUGAGCACAAAAGAUGCUAAAUUGGCCGAAGACUCACCGACCGACAGUUAUUGGGGUACUGCUACUCGGAAAGAUGGAAGUAAAGACGGAAAAUAUCAAACAUAUAAUUCAGAUGAUUGGAUUACAACUACAGCGGCGACAUUACUUCCCUCAAGUCGUAAAGUUUAUAUCACGACAUCAUUUAAUAAUCUUUGGGAAAUUUCUUUAGAUAAUAAAGAGGCAAGGAAGAUUAGUUGGGACGGGUGGGGAACUUGUAACGCUUUGGUGGCGGUGCCAAAUGGAGGAGAUAAAUUGUUUGCAUUCUGUCACAAACUUUGGUUAAUCGAUGAUCCAAGUACGGGUCAUUGUGUGGAUUUUCUAGGAGGAUUUACGGACGUUUGGACAAGAGUUAAUGCUGCAGCGAUUGUAGGUCAAAAGAUUUUUGCCACCACUUCGGCAAAUAACUUAUGGUGCGUUGACAGCACUGGUAAGGAUGAACCAAAGAAAUUGGGAGGUGGCUCGGAUAAUUGGUCAACCUGUAGGGCUUUGGUCCAAGUUGACGGUAAAUUGAUCGCUUUUUGUUAUGGAUUAUGGGAGGUUAACAUUCAAAAUGGAAAGAGCACACCUUUUUUUGAUGACAAAUCUGAUGAUUCUAAAAGAUCUUGGUCAAGUGUAAAGUCUGCUACCGUUAUUGGUCAUAACGUUUACGUCGUGGACGGAUCUCAAUUGCUUGAAUUAGAUACCAUUCAUAAGAAAGUUAGAGAUGUUGGUAACGAUAAUUGGGGAACCAUUAGAGCCAUAGUUGCUGUUGAUAUUUAA